ACUUGGCGUCGCAGUCUUCGUCUUUUGGAACGCGUUCACGCGUGUACGGUCAGCGCGCGCACUAUGCGCGAGAAGGUCACGAGGUUUGGUCCAGUUCGCGCAGGCAGGCUCAAUCGAACGUUGCCCCAGCUAACCGACUACGGCUAUGCGAAGGAUGUUCAUGUGCUCGGACGUCACAGUGAAGGAAAUGACGCCAGCUGCUGGACACCACUCGUGGACCACAGCAAUUCUUCGUCGGUGUUCACCGCUACCUGGGCACCUUGUUGGCACCGAGCAUUGGUGUACCACCAGGCGCUCCUAAAGAAGAACACGGACAAAUGGGACAAAAUGAAGAUGGCUCUUGACGCCUCCGUCAGGAAGAUGAGCCGCGCUGAAAGCGCCCAAAUGUUGCUUCCAUGACGACGUACAGCAAUUCUUCGCACACGUCACUCUACAGGGACUAUUUCAGAGCUAAGCGACGAGUGGCGCAUUGGAUGACAGGAGGAUGCAGAAUUCCAGCAGCCAGGCGAUGAACCGAAUGACUCCUUAAGCGACGUAUGCCGUGGCUCUGACGCCGAUACUUAAAUUCACGUCGGGGUCACCAAUAACUGCGGAACCACCAAGCACAGGAUGCGGUGAAACGAAGGAUGUUCCGCUCCUGGACGUGACACCAGGGGCCAUGCCAGCUGGACCUGCACCAACUGGACAUGCCGCCAUUCGUGGCCUGCAACAAUUCUUCUGCAGUGUCCACCACCGCCUCGUUGGUACCAAAUAACGACGCACCACAAGGGUGGUGUCAAGAACCAGUCGACUUACCUCGUGGACAUCAUGCCUGGUGUACUCUGCAAACCAAUGCAGGGUCUCCGAAAGAAGAACACGGACAAUUGGCACAAAAUGAAGAUUGCUCUUGACGCCUCCGUCAGGAAGAUGAGCCGCGCUGAAAGCGCCCAAGUGUUGCUUCCGUGACGACGUAGAGCAAUUCUUCAGACACGUCGCUCUACAGGGACUAUUUCAGACCUUAUCGUCGAGCGGAGCAAUGGAUCACGGGAGGAUGCCGAAUUCCAGCAGCCAUGGAGCGCACCAGAUGACGCCUGGAGCGACGUAUGCGUUGGCUCUGGCCCCAAUACUUAAAUUCACGUCGGGGUCACCUGUAACUGAGGAACCACCAAGCACAGCACUGAGACACGCGGACGUACUCGAUUUCACCUUGGAUGCGGUGAAACGAAGGAUGUUCCGCUCCUGGACGUGACACCAGGGGCCAUGCCAGCUGGACCUGCACCAACUGGACAUGCCGCCAUUCGUGGCCUGCAACAAUUCUUCAGCAGUGUCCACCACCGCCUCGUUGGUACCAAAUACACCACAAGGUGUCUCCAGAGCACUACGUGGAUAAUUGGAGGCAAAGAAAGAGGGCUCUUGAAGCCACCUUCAGGAAAAUGAGUGGCAGUGCUGAGUGCACCAAGCGUGGCUUCCAUAACGACGUGGCGCAAUCCUUCGGGCGCAGAAGGCUACAGCUGCCAGACUGCACGCAGCCAAAGGGCAUACCUUUCCCCCGGGUACCUCCUGCCGUACUGGCGUGUGCCCGGGCAGCGGCCAGAAGCACCGGGAUUCUGCACUUUCUACAGGCUGCUGCACCGGCGAUUUGGUGCCAUGCUGACCAACACUGAGGUCCCAAAGAUGCGCAGAGUCAAGGAGUAUCCACCUCACCCGGACACCGCCCCCCCUGUGUUGGUGUGCCCUCGAGCCACUUCAAGAAGCACAGGACUCCUGCACUUUUGUGUGUCACUGCACAGGGCCUUCGGUGCCUUGCUGACCAACACUGAGAUCCCAGAGAAUGCGCCGAGCCAAGGAGUAUCAAUUUUACCCGGGCACCACCCGUUGUAUCGCUGAGCCCUCGGGCAACGCCAACAAGCAGAGGACUACUGCGCUUGUAUGCUUGGCUGCAGAAGGAUUGGGUGCCUUGCUGACCAACACUGAGGUCCCAAAGAUGCGCAGAGUCAAGGAGUAUCCACCUCACCCGGAAACCACCUCCUGUAUUGUGUGCGCCGAGCCAAGGAGUAUUCAUUUCACCCGGGCACCUCCAGCUGUACUGGUGAGCCCUCGGGCCGCAUCCACAAGGAGAGGAAUACUGCACUUUCAUGUGUGGUUGCAGAAGGACUGGGUGCCUUGCAGACCAACUCUGAGGCCCCAACAAAGAUGCGCACACCCCAGGAGUAUCCAUCUCACCCGGACACCGGGAGCAUUACUGGUGAGCCCUCGAGGAGCAGUCAGAAGCAUAGGACUACUGCACUUCUACGAGUGGCUGCAGCGUGGAUUCGGUGCCUUGCUGACCAACACUGAAGUCGCAAAGACUGCGCCGAGCCAAGGAGUAUUCCAUUUUAGCCGGGCGCGACCAGCAGUACCGGUGAGCCCUCGGGCAGCACCCACAAGGAGGGGACUACUGCACUUGUAUGCUUGGCUGCAGAAGGAUCGGGUGCCUUGCUGACCAACACUCAGGUCCCAAAGAUGCGCAGAAUCAAGGAGUAUCCAUCUCACCCGGAAACCACCUGCUGUAUUGGUGAGCCCUCAAGCAGCAGCCAUAAGCAGAGGACUCCUGCACUUUUAGUGGGGUUGCACAGGGCCUUCGGUGCCUUGCUGUAUAGUACUGCAAUACCAAAGUGUGCGCCGAGCCAAGGAGUAUCCAUUUCACCCGGGCACCUCCUGCUGUGUUGGUGAGCCCUCGGGCCGCAUCCACAAGGAGAGGAAUACUGCACUUUCAUGUGUGGUUGCAGAAGGACUGGGUGCCUUGCAGACCAACUCUGAGGCCCCAAAGGCUGCGGCGAAACGAAGGAUGUUCACCUCCCCAGCAUUACUCCGGAGGACGGGUAACGAGCCCUCGGAGGUGUCGCCACUCGUGCCCUACAACUAUUCUUCGUCAGUGUCCACCACCGCCUCGGUGCCUUGUUGGUGCCGAAUAACGACGUUCCACAGGAUGCGCACACCCCAGGAGUAUCCAUCUCACCCGGACACCGGGAGCAUUACUGGUGAGCCCUCGAGGAGCAGUCAGAAGCAUAGGACUACUGCACUUCUACGAGUGGCUGCAGCGUGGAUUCGGUGCCUUGCUGACCAACACUGAAGUCGCAAAGACUGCGCCGAGCCAAGGAGUAUUCCAUUUUAGCCGGGCGCGACCAGCAGUACCGGCGAGCCCUCGGGCAGCACCCACAAGGAGGGGACUACUGCGCUUGUAUGCUUGGCUGCAGAAGGAUCGGGUGCCUUGCUGACCAACACUCAGGUCCCAAAGAUGCGCAGAGUCAAGGAGUAUCCACCUCACACGGACAACUGCCGCUGUAUUGGGGAGGCCUUGUCUGUGCCCAGAAGCACAGGAAUUCUGCACCUUUAUGUUUGGUUGCACCGCGGCUCCACGGCCUUGUUGACCAACACUGAGACCCCAAAGGAUGCGCAGAGCCAAGGAGUAUCCACAUCACCCGGGCACCUCCCGCUGUAUUGGUGGGCCCUAGCGUCAAAUAUACAAGGAGAGCAGUACUGCACUUGUAUGCUUGGCUGCAGAAGGAUUGGGUGCCGUUGCUGACCAACACUGAGGCCCCAAAGACUGCGCCGAGCCAAGGAGUAUCAGCCAAAGUAACCGGCAUCCUGAGCUUCUACGUGUGGUUGCACAGGGGUUUCGGUGCCUUGACGACGUCGUCGGAAGUCCCAGAAGGCUGCGGCGAAGCGAAGGAUGUUCACCUCCCCAGAAUUACUCCAGAGGCCGUGUCAGGAGCCCCUGGAAGGGUCGCCAUUCGUGCCCUACAGUAAUUCUUCAUGGGUGUCCACCACCACCUCGGUGCCCUGUCGUGCCAAAUAACCGCGUUAUUCAGGCCAGAUGCGCAGACCCGAGGAGUAUUUAUCUCACCCGGGCACCUCCUGCAGUAUUGGUGAGCCCUUGAGCAACUGCUAGAAGCACGAAGCUCCUGCACUUCUACGAGUGGCUGCGGCGUGGACCACCGCUGAGUCCCAAAGAUCCGCAGAGUCAAUGAGUAUCCAUCUCACCCGGAAACCACCUGCUGUAUUGGUGAGCCCUCGAGCAGCAGCCAGAAGCAGAGGACUCCUGCACUUUCAUGUGUGGCUGCACAGGGCCUUCGGUGCCUUGCUGUAUAGUACUGCAAUACCGAAGUGUACGCCUAGCCAAGGAGUAUUCAUUUCAACCGGGCACCUCCAGCUGUAUUGGUGAGCCCUCGGGCCGCAUCCACAAGGAGAGGAAUACUGCACUUCCAUGUGUGGUUGCAGAAGGACUGGGUGCCUUGCAGACCAACUCUGAGGCCCCAAAGGCUGCGGCGAAACGAAGGAUGUUCACCUCCCCAGCAUUACUCCAGGGGACGGGUAACGAGCCCUCGGAGGUGUCGCCACUCGUGGCCUGCGACAAUUCUUCGUCAGUGUCCACCACCGCCUCGGUGCCUUGUUGGUGCCAAAUAACGACGUUCCACAGGAUGCGCAGACCCGAGGAGUAUCUAUCUCACCCGGGCACCUCCCGCAGUACUGGUGAACCCUCAAGCAGCAGCCAGAAGCAUAGGACUACUGCACUUCUAUGAGUAGCUGCGGCGAGGAUUCGGUGCCUUGCUGACCAACACUGAGAUCGCAAAGACUGCGCCGAGCCAAGGAGUAUUCCAUUUUAGCCGGGCGCGACCAGCAGUACCGGCGAGCCCUCGGGCAGCACCCACAAGGAGGGGACUACUGCGCUUGUAUGCUUGGCUGCAGAAGGAUCGGGUGCCUUGCUGACCAACACUCAGGUCCCAAAGGCAUUCACCGGGACUAAAGAGUGACGGCCGGAGCCUCAAGGACCUGUAAUCUCCGACUUAAGCCACUCUCGCUGUCUCAGCUAUUUGCGAGAUGGCAUUUUCGAGUGGCUGAUGCAGUGGUCCAACUUGUGGAUGGACUAGUAAAGUUUAUCCACGGAUAGGCUGAUACGAAUAUAAUGCUUGUCCUUUGGCUGCCUGGCCACUAUGUGUAUGACGUGGUGGUCUGAUUCGUGGACUAACAUGGGCUCAUGACAAAAAAAAACUUAAAAGCGAUGUUUCUUUC